AUGGACAACAUUGAUUUAUUGACGGAAGAGUCACUUGAAGAUGAAUAUGGUACAAAUUCAGAAGCGGUAUACAUUUUCAAUACUUUAAAGAGAAAGGAUAAAGCAACACAGCAGCUGGAUGAGAAAGGUGACCACGACAAGCGGUCCGUUAGAAUACUAACCACUAAACGCAAGAGGUGGUGGAUACACGCUGAGAUGCUGUUCAUUGUUUUCACAAUUGUACUAUAUUAUAAUUUGACUGCCCGAGUCGAUGCUUCAAUAUUUAUAAAUAUGACAGUGGGGGCAGAACGCGUCCACUACUUCGGUAAUUUGUUGCUAGGACAUGGGAUCUCAUGGAAGAAUGCCUUUAUUAUGGGUUUUAUUACAACGUUCCACAGUGUUUCCUCUACGGCAACAGCAAUAUUGACUAAUGCUUGCGGGCCAGCUUUCACGGACGCAGUCCAUCUUACACGUGGUGCUAAUACGCAAUACAAUGUAACUACGUGUGCCAUAUACGGAGCAGUAUUAGCUGCUGCGGCUGUUACUGGCAAUACUAUUUCUUACUACGGCGCUUGGUGUCGUGAUAUAAAUCAACUAUCAUCUACUAACUAG